AUGGCCUCAGAUGCUUUUAAUUUCAAUGACAAGAACAUCGUGUUUCGGAAACUCAAGGCAAAGUCUGAAAACAAGAUGUGCUUCGAUUGUAACGCAAAAAAUCCAACUUGGGCCUCCGUCACCUAUGGCAUCUUCCUCUGCAUCGAUUGCUCUGCUGCACAUCGUAGUCUUGGUGUCCAUAUCAGUUUUGUCAGGCAAGUUAUAAUCAUUUUCACUGUUCUUUCAUGUAUUCGCAACUACAUAUUCCGACGUCAUGUUCUCUGUUUAAUAUUUGCCGUAGCUUGA